GUGUAUAUAUGCAUAUGCAUGGCCACACCCGCAACCGCAAUUAAUAUAUCAGCUGGAGUAGUUUUUAAUUAAUUCGAUCAUGUACUGUGACAGCUUGUUUUGGCAGUCGCCGGCCGACCAAGCAGGGGACCUCUCGGAUGUGGUGAGGGCAAGCCUUCUUCAGCCAGGCCCAGCAGCAGCGGACAACUCCUCGUAUCUGCAGCAGCAACAGCUAAUUGCAGUCAGCGACCAUGAGCAGCAGCAGAUCACCGUGCCUGCAGCAGCUUGUUGCGACCUUCUUCAUGCGCUCUUGCCACCAACACUACUGCAGCAGCAGCCGUCGCCGAUUCAGGUUCAGGUUCAGGAUCAGGACGUCGACGUCGAGGACUUAUUUGCUGCUCAUCAUCACCAUGUCCCGCCAAUCAAGCGAAGGAAGAGCCAGACGAAGAAGGUGGUGUGCAUCCCGGCGGCGAGCGGGCGGGCGGGGACGAGCGGCGAGGUGGUCCCCUCCGACCUGUGGGCGUGGAGGAAGUACGGGCAGAAGCCGAUCAAGGGGUCGCCCUACCCGAGAGGCUACUACCGCUGCAGCAGCUCCAAGGGUUGCUCCGCCCGGAAGCAGGUGGAGCGCAGCCGCGCCGACCCCUCCAUGCUCGUCGUCACCUACACCUCCGACCACAACCACCCAUGGCCCACCCACCGCAACGCCCUCGCCGGCUCCACCCGCCCCUCCUCUAACAACAGCAGCCAUCGUCAGUCUCAGUACUCUCACUAUGAUGAUCAUCACCGCCACCAUCUUAUUAUUAAUACUACUACGGCGCCCAUGAUCACUCACCUCAAGCAGGAGGACGGCGAGCCGGACUCCGACUUGUUUGCCGGCGUCACCAUGGACAUGAUGACGAUCUCCGCCAGCUCCCUGCUGCAGCCGGAACAGCAUCAGCUGGGUGCCCUUGACAGCAACCAACAACUCUUGUUUCAUGAAGAUUAAUUAUCCUCACAGCUAGCUAGCUUCGGCUUCUUCGACUAGCUAGCUAGCCAUGCAUGCUACCACUUCUUCUUCUACGGCCGGAGGGAGAAAGCUAGACCUAAUUUAUAAUUAAUCCACAACCAUCUGUAGCCUAAUGCAAUCUAGCGUGCUUAAUUGUUACGGUGCACGGACAAUACUUCCAUUACUCCUUUUUUUUUUACUUAAAAUUUUCUUACUGUUUUUUAGUUAAUAUGUUGAACGGUACUCCCUCCUGCCAGUCACAGAAGGAUAUUGUUUACAAUGCCUCGACAUAAGUUAAUUUAUGCUGACUAUA